AUGAACGUGGGCAAUGGGGGCGGCUCGUUUUGCCAGCCCAUCUUCGAUAAGCUUGUUCAUGAGGCCAUUGACAUGUGUGCUUUGCAGGAGGUUGACCUCAACGAGGAAAAUCGCCUUAGCUUUGUCAAGUUCUGGACUUCCAAGGGGUGGCAUGCUGUGGUACCCACUCCGGGUGCGGCCCGCGCCCGUUCUGCCAUUGUCUCGCGAGUGCCUAUGAAGGUGAAUUGUGGGGAUUCCUUCUUCAAGUUCCUCUUCGUUGGCUUUUACGGGUACGCAGGCAACACUGGGGACACCCACGCAUUGCUGCGCACCACGUGUGCUGACCUGGCACCCUUUGGCCUUCCUUUUGUCAUUGCCGGUGACUUCCAGUUCCUCGCCUUGGAGGCCCCGGUCUCUUGGGCACUGGCUCAGGGCUUGUUUUACGAGCUGGAUGACUGCAGGUCGGGCCGGCCUCCUCCCACGGGACCUGGCAAUACCCGUUGCAUUGAUUAUGCUGUUGCCAGUGCAAGCAUCCGAGCCUCUCGCGCUUGCACUUUUGAGGGCACUGCUGACCAUUGUGGCGUGUGGUACGAUGUGGAUCAGUGGGCUGUCAAGCCUCCGCUCCAGCCUCCUUGCUACCCGGCGCCGGUGCGCCACACUGCCCCUGACGUGUGCGCUGCUUUCCUGUCUGAGGCCUUUACGCAUGCCUUCGCUUGUGCUGACACCGUUGAGGGUCAAUGGGAGGUCUUGGCUUCUUAUGCUGACCAUGCUCUCACGGAUACGCCCUUGGAGGACUCUCGGCGUCACUGUGAUUGGGAGCCGCGCCGACGGGAGCGUGUCACUCACAAGGCGGCUGCCGCUAGUGAGCCGCUUGACGUUCGCAGACUGCGCCGUUUGCACCGACGCUUGUGUCACGCACAUCGCCAUGGUUGUCAUGCCUCAUUGCUGGCUGUCUUGCGACGCAACGUGGCACAGAUGUGUGACCCCUUUCCUUCGUUGGGCCACCUUCGUGAAGGGUUGUGUGACUUUGGCAGUGCUGCCAGUGACGUCCUUGAAGUGCUGCGGGCGCGUGAGCAGGAGUUGCGCGACUGCCGCCUUAAAGCUUGGAAGCUGCGUUGCAAGGAUGACAUGUCUCGUCAGAGGCAGUGGAUCAAGCAGAGGACUGAGCUUUGUCUUCAGCGUGACGCUGGCGCUGUGGGGCCUGAGGUUGCGCGUCACACUGCGGUCUUACCGCAAGCUGUACUUGAGCAUGAGGGUCCUCAGUGGCGGCGCCUCUGGACGGCCGUUGAGGACCAGGAGGCCCGUGAGCACCAGGUUGAUGCUCUUUUGGGCUCCCUGCCGAGCAUCAACGUCCCUGAUUGCUCCUUUGACUUGUCGUCAGCGGCGCUCCGACGGUCGAUGAGGAAAAUGCUUGGCCGUAAAGGGGGCUGUGAUGGGUUCACUGCUGAACAGCUCCUUCGUCUGCCUGACGCGUGGUGGACAGGAUUUGCCGGCCUGUGGGCAAACAUCCUUUCGCAAGGAGAGAUCCCUUCCAGUUGGAAGCGCAUCGGAGUGUCUCUGAUUCCGAAGGCAUCGGGUGGCUAUAGGCCAAUAGGUCUCGCCUGCCUUGCUUGGCGCUGCGGCGCGAGGUGCCUUUGCUUAGGCCUGAAGCCUUGGUCUGACGCCUGGGCUGGCGCUACUGCUUUUGGAGGCUUGCCCAAGCGCAGUGUUGCGGAUGUGCAUAGACGAGUUCAUCAUGCACUGCGCCGCGGCACGCGCGUGGCCGUGCAGGAGGACUUGCGGAGGUUCUUUGAUUCCAUCCAUGUUCCUCUGGCUUCGAGGGUUUUAGAACACUUUGGCAUCCCGCGCGUGGCGCUGCACGUGUUUCAAUCCUUCUACAACCGCCAGCAGCGUAUGCUCACGGUUCAGGGCUGCUGCGACCAGCAAUGGUUUCAGGCCUCUUGUGGCCUCAUUCAGGGGUGUCCACUGUCUCCGCUCGUUGGGGCGGCUGUGAUGCAGGUCUGGGCUCUGACGGUGCAGCCCCACGGUGUCAUCCCUUUGACCUUUCAGGACGAUCGCACCCUCCUUGCUGUCAGGGGUUCUGCCGAGCAGCAAUGCAGCAGCCUUCGGGGCGCGUUGGGUUAUUCCAGGCGUUUCGACCAGGCCUUUGCUUUGUCUUGUGACCCUCGGAAGUCUUCUGUGAUCGGCUCGGGUCCGGCGGAGGCGCUUGCUGCUAGCUUAGGGUACGAGUGCUGUGACAAGCUUUCUUUGCUGGGGGUCACGCACCCUUUCGACGUCGACUGCCCUAAGGAGCUCGCCAGACUCAGCUUUGAGCGCAUCUUGGUUCGGCUACGCUAUGUCGGUGCUGUCACGGGCCGGCCUGUGCAGACCUUGCAGCACCUGCAUUGCUUGUGCUACUCGCCCUUCCUGUGGGCUGCCGGGUACGCUGGUCCCUCCAAGGAUGAGGUGCACAGCCUGAUGGAGCCCAUCAAGUCGAGCCUGCGGGCCAUCCUCACCCGUGAGGCUCCUCCUGCUCUCUUUCAUGAGAUCUUCGAGUGGAAGACGAGCCCUGCCUUUUGUUAUGACCGCGCGACCCUACUAGCGGGGAUCCGGAUGCAUUGCUUGAGAUAUGAGUGGCACGAGCACUUGCCCUUGGAUGAGCUCGCUGUGCCUUGGCAUGAGGCCUUGCCUUGUGCAGCUGCCCUUCUUUCCAAGCUGCAAUGGACCGUCACCCCUGAUGGCGGUUGCAUCAACAGGAUCGACGGCGGUGGCGUCACUAGAUCCUUUAGGAUAGGGUUCGACGGGGAGCACGUUCUUCGGGAGUGGCUGCUGUUGCACCACCGCCGUGCUGCCCUCACUAAGUGUGCUCGAGUGAAUCGUUCACUUCGACGUGAGGGCGAGGGGCUUGCCCAAGGCUUGGACCUUCCUGGGCCGCCUGCCGCUUCCUUCGUGAGGGCCCUUGGCCAUCGGCAAGCCUGGAAAGAGGCCCAUGACAUUGAGAGCAAACGCGCCUCCUUUGCCACGGGUGGCUCCAUUUGGCAUUGUGGCAAGAAGCUGAAUCUGACCGAUGUCAGCUCUCGUGCCUGUACGUGUGGGUUACUUGCUCCGUCUCGGGCUCAUCGGACUUGGGUUUGCCCGGACACUGCCGAUCUUAGGCGAAGUAUUGCAAUGCCCCUCACGCGCUGCCAGGACCGGCUCAUGGCAGUUGAGUCGUGUGAGGAGCCUCCGGCGCCGUUUGCUUUUGCAAAUGAAGAGCUUGUCAGCGACACUGCUGAAGGUCUUGUGCUACAUGACCACACUGUUGUUGCUGCCACUGACGGAAGUAGUGAGGCCAACAUCGGUGCGUAUGGCUUCAUUUUGCACGGCACCGAGGUGCAAGUUGCUUGUGGGUCAUCGGAUGAGGAUCAAGGGUCUUUCAAGAUGGAGCUCCUGAGCCUCGAGAUCCUUUUCCGUGUUGUGCUUGCCUGCAGGACUGCAGCCCUCCUGGACUUGCACGUCUUGUGCGACUGCGAGUCGGCAAUCACAGCUCUGCGAUCGAGUCCCGAGGCUGGAGGCGCGCUGCCGCUCUUGGUCAGGGAAGUUGCUGCUUUCCGUAAUGCCUUGGUCUCUCAGGGCACUCAGGUUCACUUGCAUUGGAUACCAUCCCAUGGCAAGAUCUCGGCCAGAUGGAUCCCUUGGGAGGGUGCGCACCCUGAUCUCCAAAGCGCUCUGAAUGAUCAGGUUGACAAGCUUGUUUCCAGAAAGUGCAAGAGUCGACUCCACGGGUCGAGACGUGAGGCGUUCCAGCUCAUGCUGCAGAGGCAUUGCGCUUGGGAGUACAAGGCUGUCCAGGCCUCAGCGGAGGCCGCUCGGCGGCUCCAUGCCGCCCUGAUGGGCGUCGGCUAG